UGCAAAAGAAAAAAUGAAAAAAUCACCAACUGAUACUUACGUAGAUAUUGAAUUAUUUCGAAAUGAUUUAAAAGAUAUCGAUCCGGAGUUUAUUGGAAGCAUGGUUUCUAUUUAUAAAAUAUCACACCUAGAUAAACAAAUUAGUUAUCUAUGUAUGACCAAUGUUGCAACUUAUGGUUAUGGUGAAGAAAUAUGCAAAUGGCUAUCAUUAAAACAUGAUCCAAAACGACCACAGCAAAUUGACAUUUUGAAUGUUUAUUUAGCCAAUGGUGAUUCAUUAUGGCCAAAGAACAAUGCUUUUCGAUUGAUCUCGACCUGUGAUGAUGAUGAUCGUUUUGAAAUGAUAGCAUGUGGAUGGGAUCAUUUGUUAUUGUUGCGACUAGAUGGUACUGUUUUUGCUUUGGGUGAUAAUUAUUACGGUCAAUUGGCCAAUAUUUCACAGUCAUCGUAUGAUACUGUCGUGAACACUGGUUUAAAAAAUGUUAAAAUAAUUGCUUGUGGAGCGUACCAUAGUCUUGCUCUUACCAAUACGAAUCAAAUUUAUUCCUGGGGCUGUAAUGCGAAUGGACAGUUAGGUCUAGAUGAUAUAUUUAACCGAAGCACACCUUCAAUGGUAACAUUUUCUGAUAGUCCAAUCAAAAAUAUUGCGGCUGGCAUGUAUUAUUCUUUAUUUUUAUUCGAGGAUGGUCAGAUUUUCCGAUGUGGUUAUGAUGAAAGUUAUAUUGAUGAUGAUGAUCAAAAUUUAAUGGUGCCGACAAAAUUACCGAUUGAAAAUGUGCUAAGUGUGGCUUGUAAGAAUGAUCUCUCUUUUUCAUUUUUUUUGGAUCAAUCAUCCCAUUAUUAUGUAAUGGAUGAUUUAGAUGAUGAAAAUGAAGAUGAAGAAUUGGUCUCGCUCAAAAAAUUGGAUGGUCCACCGAAAUCAUUUGUUGAAGCAUCAAUGCCUUUCGAAUCAUCAAUUACUUUUGGCCUUACACCAAUCAUCCCUGUAUUCGAAUCGAAUGAUCCAAUAUCAUUUAUUGAAUUAUUGGAUAAUCCUGAUAAUUAUGAUGUUGAAUUUAUUAUCGGCGACAAACGUAUAUUGGCUUCAAAAUGUCACUUAAGAAUGUCAUCAAAAUAUUAUAAUCGAAUGUUUUCGGGUGAUUGGCAAGAAAAUAAACAAGUGAUCAUCAAUUCAUAUAGUUAUGAUGUAUAUUAUUCAUAUCUACGUAAAUUACAUAAUGGUUAUAUUCAAAUUAAUCGAUAUAAUAUUAUUGAACUUAUUGAUUUGGCCAAUUGUUAUGGUGAUGAACAAUUAUUCAAACAUUGUAAAACAUUCAUACUAACAGAUUUGAAUGAAUGGAGUUUAUUUACUUAUCUUCCACUAAUUACCAAAUAUGAAAUUAAUGAAACGUAUGGUAAACUUUUCGGGUUAACUAUCAAUAAUAUUUUACCAAAAAUAAAUAACUAUCUUUCAAAAAAUCAAGAAAAAAUUACAAAAUUUCUUGAAUGGUUUUCUGAACAAAGAACAAUUCUUAAAAACGAAUUUGAAAUUGAAUUUGAUUAA